CUUAGCAGUCAGUUUUGCAUUUUGCAAGAAAUUGAUAGAUCACGGUACACAAAUCAUGUCGCUUGUUGCAUAUGCUUCGAGUGGAGACGAAAGCGACGAGAGCGACGACGCACAUAUCACUGCAAACAUAACCACGAGGAAGGAUACAGCUGAAGCGCCUGGCGCAGAAGGGAGUCAGGAAAAUGAGCCUGCAACUACCGUCGAGCAGAUCUCGGACUCGGACUCUGAAGGGGAGCGAACUGAACAUGGUGCUACCAGAAAUAGUAUACACGAGCCCGAUAUAGGUUCAUUAUUAAGAGGAUUGCCAGAACCAAAGGCAUAUGAAGAGGCUUCCUCAUCAGACAAAAACCUGAAAGCAGAGGAUGAUCUUGAAGAAGAAGUGAAACCAAAGAUGUCACAGAUAAAAGAUGCACCAAAACCUCCUCCAAAAAGAGCUAAAGUGAAAAUUACCAUACCAGCCCUUCAGAAUGAUUCUGAUGAGGAAGAGCAAGUGAAGAAAAAACCCAAGUUGUCCUCAAAUGUAAAAUCUGGUCUCACAGCUCUACUACCUGCACCAGUGCAUGCAGCCAAAAAGGAGACAAACAGAAUACUUCUGCCUUACAGCCUGAAAAAAGCACAGGCAAACAAGAAACCUGCACCAUCAAAAACAGAUCCGGUGACAUUGAACCCUUCUCCAAAGUUUCAAGGUUUAUCAGGUUAUGGAAGUGACAGUGAUAGUGAUGAUGCUGAGUCAGAAUCUGCUAAUUUUUUUUCACUGGGUGGUUCAGAACCUUUGCCUGCAGGACCAGUGUUAUCUGAACCUAUUCCUAUGCAAAGGUCUAGUAAAUUGUCUCUGCCUCCACCAAAGUCAGCAAUAGACAAGAGUGAAAUGAUUAAAAGUGUUAGUAAUACUACAAUAAGUGAAGUGACUUCUACGGUCAGUAAAAACAGAGAACAAUUAGAUAUGAACUCAUCAUUAAAAUCAUUGUCUGGUCAGGAUGAACCAUUGUCUUUUAAAUCUGGUAAUUGGAACACAAUGUCAGCAGCAUCCUUUCAGGUACAAUAUGGUGGAUAUGGAUCUAAUUCGGACUCAUCACCAAUGGCAACGGAAAUGGCAGGUCCUCAAAUGGACUUUGUUCAGUAUGAAGCUGGCCCACAGUAUUGCCAGGACUUUGAGCAGGACGAGGAGUUUUUAAGAAUGCAAGGAAAGAAACAAAGAGGAAAAGAAGAGAUAAACAUUGUGGAUGUAAAGGCAGACGAUUUUAUCAGCACUGUGGAUGUUCAGAAAGCUAUGUCUGAGGAAACAAAGGAAUAUGCUUCUCAUAGGAAGAAAGAUGGCCCAACAUCACAGCAGAAACGCAAACAUCAAAUCACAUACUUAGCCCAUCAGGCUAAGGAGACAGAACUUGAUCUGAAAAACCAGUGGUCAAUGAACAGAAUGACAAAAAGACAAACUCAAGCUAAAUAUGGAUUUUGAUUAUCUGUGAGUGUGCUGGUUAUCACCGCAUUUAAAAGAAUUCUUCUGAGGAAAUUCUGUAAACACAGAUGUGAUCUCGUGCCUUCACUUGAUAUUAGACUUAUUUAAUUAUGCAAGUGAAGUAUGUAUGUUGUUUUAUCAGCAAUACCAUCUACCCACUUCCAGUGACAAGGGAAAUAACUCUGCUACCCUUAACAGCAAGAGGGACCAGGGUUGAAUACUUUUCCUGCAGCCACUUACUAUCAGUAAAAGCCUGUUGGAUUGUCCCUAUCACCCAUGUUGAUAAAUAGCACACGUCUAACUUGUUAAAAAUCAAGAUAUCUAGAACUCAGAUCUAGUAAUCAUUUCCUUAAAAGUAUUUUCUUUCACUGCGUUUUGCUGGAAUGAAUCCUGCAAAAAGACUUGAUCCUGUAAGACUUUCAUUUCCAUACCAUAGAACCUUAUGUACGUUACCUGUACAAAUAAAACACUACUCUUCAAAUAUUUCAUGCUACACUGCCAUUCAAAAUGUCAAUAUAAUGAAAAAUGAAAUAUCCCUCAUCAUUUUAAUAUAUAUAUCUGGUAUUGAAAAUACUGUGAGUUAUGUGUAUGAAGAACCGGUUUAAAUUUUCUCUUAAUUGAUGUCAAAGACAUCUUUAUUUCAGUAUUGCUAGUGUCAUUUUGGAUAGUUUUCUUCUUCAUUAAUGUGAAUAAUUACAGAUAUUGUUGAAUUCUAUACAUGGGAAAGAAGAUUGAUAAUGAGAAAUUAUCAUCAGACAUUUAAACAGGAUAGAAAAAUGAAAGCAUUUCAUUGGUCAACAUGUUUUGUUUGAUUUUCUCAACAACAUAUUCAACUUUUUGCUUGCAUUUUGUCAACAUGGCCAUGAUUUAGUUAUGCAAACAGUAAUGCAAAAGGGUAAUAUUUCCUAUUAAACGGAUACAGUUCCAGCAAAAAUGUGUCUCGUUCUGAGACAUAAUAUAAACUCUAUCAAAAAGUUGUGAAACCUUCAUAGCACAGGAACAAAGGAAGUCAAAGUCUGCAGAUAAAUGUGUUGUUUGAUGCUGUACAUCAUAGAAAAAACUGCAUUCACUGACAAGUUUGAUUGAGCAUAUGUCAUAUUAGAGGUUAAUAGGAAAUUUUGAUCAGGCAUACCAUACUGUUGGAAUAUGAAGACAGUUUUAAGGAUAGACUAACAUUGAAAUUUUGGAUACCUUCAAGGAUAUCUAUUUCCCUUUAGGACAGACAAUAUAAGCAGAAAUUUUAAGUACAAAAUUUUGUACCUGCAUGAAUAUUGAUUAUUUUUACCAUUGAAAAUAAAUCUCUUAACUUAUACUAAA